AUGAUGAUGACGCGUCGUCGACAAGAAGUUGGUCGGAGCUCGAUCCCGUCGCAGUCGGCGGCGGAGUAUGGUGUGGAGAUGCGGAUCUUGCGGUUGUGGAAAUGGUACCCGCCGGUCGUCUCAGCGACCAUCUCCGGCGCCGCUCACGGUAGACAUCCACUCGCACCAGUCGCCGCCGCUCUCAGCCACCCGUUAACGCCGCCCAGUCGCCCCAUCGCACUGUGGUUGCCGCCCCUCGAUACCGUAGUCAGCGUCGAUCCGGUCGAAGUCCUGCUGCACCCCGACGCCGACGAAAGCGUAGUCACCGCCGGUGAGGAAUUCCUCCAGCGAUUGGGGGACGCGGCCGCCGGAGCGGGCGGUAGACGAGGCAGAGGCGACCGACGCAGUUCUGGAGAGUGA